UCCCGCGCAUGCUCAGUAACUGUCCUCUCAGCCUGCCUGCGAGCUUCCCCCGCCCCUCAGCUGUUUGAAUAUGCUAAUGAGGUCCUGAGGGCCGGCCAAUAGCACGGCGGGCCUCUGGAUCACAUGACCCGAGUACGUGUCAGGGGUGGAGCCUACGUAGCCCCUGCCCGAGUUAAAACCGGAGUGUGAGAGAGAAAAGCGCUUCAGUAGCGAGAGGGGCUGAGAAAGUGGUGACACCGCUGGGGUGCGGAGGGAGUCCCUGAAACUUCUCCCAACAGCCCCAGGGCCAAUCUCCCCUCAGCCCACUCCCCUCUUCGCCGGGUCCCUGAGCCCCACUCCCUGCACUGGGGGUGGGGUGGGGAACUGGGCCCGUCUCCCGCGGGGACACACACAGGGGCCGGGAGCGGGGACGGGACCCCCAGGCCGGGGGGGAACGGACGGACAGACGGCCGUGCGGCCGCCCCAGCGGGCAGGCAGGCCAGAGGCGGGGGUGCGACCGGGAGGACCUGGGCUUGGGGAGUUUCCUCUCAACUAUCGGGGGAGAAACUCCCUGUGGCCGGUGUUUUCCUCCCGGGGGCCGCGUUCUCCGCCCCGCGUAGCGGCGGUUGCCGCCGCCGCCGCCGGUGCCUCCACCUCUGCCAUCUCUUCACCACCUCGGGCCCCGGUGUCCCCGGCCAGCACUAUGCCCAUCUUACUGUUCCUGAUAGACACGUCUGCCUCUAUGAACCAGCGCAGCCAUCUGGGCACCACCUACCUGGACACGGCCAAAGGCGCGGUAGAGACCUUCAUGAAGCUCCGUGCCCGGGACCCUGCCAGCCGAGGAGACAGGUAUAUGCUGGUCACUUUCGAAGAGCCGCCCUAUGCUAUCAAGGCUGGAUGGAAAGAAAAUCAUGCAACGUUUAUGAAUGAACUGAAAAACCUUCAGGCAGAAGGACUUACGACUCUUGGCCAAUCCCUAAGGACAGCUUUUGAUUUGUUAAAUUUAAAUAGAUUAGUAACUGGCAUAGACAACUAUGGGCAGGGAAGAAACCCUUUUUUCUUGGAGCCAGCAAUAAUAAUUACAAUCACUGAUGGAAGCAAGUUGACUACUACCAGUGGUGUCCAGGAUGAGCUCCAUUUACCUCUUAAUUCUCCUUUGCCUGGAAGUGAAUUGACCAAGGAACCUUUUCGUUGGGAUCAGAGACUAUUUGCUUUAGUCCUGCGGUUGCCUGGUACCAUGUCAGUAGAAUCAGAACAGUUGACCGGUGUACCUUUGGAUGAUUCUGCUAUCACACCAAUGUGUGAAGUGACAGGAGGCCGGUCAUAUUCUGUAUGUUCUCCAAGAAUGCUUAAUCAGUGUCUGGAAUCCUUGGUGCAGAAAGUACAAAGUGGGGUGGUAAUAAACUUCGAAAAGGCAGGACCAGAUCCUUCCCCUGUAGAAGAUGGACAACCGGAUAUAUCAAGACCUUUUGGAUCUCAGCCUUGGCACAGCUGUCACAAACUUAUAUAUGUCAGACCAAAUCCUAAAACUGGGGUUCCAAUAGGCCAUUGGCCUGUUCCAGAGUCUUUUUGGCCAGAUCAGAAUUCUCCAACACUACCACCUCGUACAUCUCAUCCUGUAGUGAAGUUUUCCUGUACAGACUGUGAACCAAUGGUUAUUGAUAAAUUGCCUUUUGACAAGUAUGAGUUGGAACCUUCACCAUUGACUCAGUUUAUUCUGGAAAGGAAAUCUCCUCAAACAUGUUGGCAGGUAUAUGUGAGCAAUAGUGCAAAGUAUAAUGAACUUGGUCAUCCCUUUGGUUACUUGAAAGCUAGUACAGCACUGAACUGUGUCAACUUAUUUGUAAUGCCUUACAAUUACCCAGUCCUCCUUCCUCUUUUAGACGACUUGUUCAAAGUGCACAAAGCAAAACCAACCUUGAAAUGGAGACAGUCAUUUGAAAGUUAUUUGAAGACAAUGCCUCCCUACUAUCUUGGGCCCCUGAAGAAAGCUGUUAGAAUGAUGGGUGCACCUAAUCUGAUAGCAGACAGUAUGGAGUACGGACUCAGUUACAGUGUCAUUUCAUACCUCAAAAAAUUGAGUCAGCAGGCCAAAAUUGAAUCUGAUAGAGUCAUUGGAUCUGUAGGCAAAAAAGUAGUGCAGGAAACUGGAAUUAAAGUCCGAAGCCGGUCACAUGGGUUGUCAAUGGCACAUAGGAAAGGUUUUCAACAAGUGCUGCAGGGAAUUUCGGAGGAUGUCCCCCACAGGCUGCUAGACCUUAAUAUGAAGGAGUACACUGGGUUCCAGGUUGCUUUACUAAAUAAGGAUUUGAAGCCUCAGACCUUUAGAAAUGCUUAUGAUAUACCAAGACGGAAUCUUCUGGAUCAUUUAACAAGAAUGAGAUCUAAUCUUUUAAAGAGCACCCGCAGAUUUCUUAAAGGCCAGGAUGAAGAUCAAGUGCACAGUGUGCCUAUAGCACAAAUGGGGAAUUACCAGGAGUACCUCAAGCAAGUACCUUCUCCACUGAGAGAGCUUGAUCCGGACCAGCCUCGAAGGUUGCAUACAUUUGGCAAUCCGUUUAAACUGGAUAAAAAGGGUAUGAUGAUAGAUGAAGCAGAUGAAUUUGUGGCUGGACCUCAAAAUAAACACAAACGGCCUGGAGAGCCAAGCAUGCAAGGGAUCCCAAAAAGGCGCCGGUGUGCCUCUCCACUCUUGAGAGGCCGGCGGCAGAGCCCUGCUAUGAACAGUCACAUCGGAGGAAAAGGACCACCUGCACCCAUGAAUCAAGCACAGCCAGGUCUUAUUAAACCCCUUCCUCUGCAUAAAGAAGCCACUAAUGAUUCAACAGUAGAUGAUGUGGUUGAAAAUCAUGUUGCAGACCAACUUUCAUCAGAUAUGACACCAAAUGCUAUGGAUACUGAAUUUUUAACAUCUCCAGCCAAUCUUUUGGAACCAUCAACCAAUCAUACAGAGACCCUUGGUCAUGAACAUUUAGGAAACAAUGACCUCGCUGUUGGUGGAUUUUUAGAAAAUCAUGACGAGCCAAGAAAUAAAGAACAAAGUGCUGAAGAGAAUGUACCAGCAUCUUCACUCAACAAAGGAAAGAAAUUGGUGCACUGUAGAAGCCAUGAAGAGGUCAACACUGAACUAAAAGCACAAAUAAUGAAAGAGAUCCGAAAGCCUGGAAGAAAAUAUGAAAGAAUUUUCACCUUACUGAAGCAUGUGCAAGGAAGUUUACAAACAAGGCUAAUAUUUUUACAAAAUGUCAUUAAGGAAGCAUCCAGGUUUAAAAAACGAAUGCUAAUAGAACAGCUGGAGAACUUCUUGGAUGAAAUUCAUCGAAGAGCCAAUCAGAUCAACCAUAUUAAUAGCAAUUAAAAGAAAAUAGAAUGUGGCCACUUAUAUCACUAUCUUCUCCAAAUACAAAGUAAAUACAAGACUGUUGUAAUCUUGUAUUCAUUCUUUGACAUGCAUUGUUGGCUAUUUGAAAUACUUAAAAACAGUCUACAGAUCCUUUCCAUCAUUUUACAGUGACCUUUUUAUUUUGGUUUAUUUUUGUAAUGUGAAAAGUAUCAUUAAGUUGUUUUUUUUUUUUCUUCCUUUUUUCUUCUUUUUUAACAAACUAAAACUACUUUCCAAAUCCUCUGCUUGUCAUUGGCUCUUGCGUGUCAGUUUCCCUCAGGUUAUAUUUUCUUAAACCAACCUUUAAAAUUGUCAGCUCUGUUAAGGUUGAACUUUGCCAAAAAAAAAAAAAAGAAAAAAAGAAAAGAAAAAUUAACAAGUUACUUUGUAAUUUUUGGGGAAAAAAGCACAUACAUUAAAAACUAGGUAAUGUUUUGUAUAUACA